UACAAUUGGACUGUUUAUAGGGGUUUCAUAUAAUGGGAGUGUUGUUUUGUUGAGAAGGCAUCAACCUUGGCCCAACAAUGUCAGUGCAGAGACGACACCUGAAAAUUGACACUUGUUUACAGCUAGGACAUAUAUUGCGUUUGUAUGUCCUAGUUAACAGACAGAGCACUGGAGCAGAGAGGGUUGGUUGCCUAGCGACAUAGAGACAACAUAUCUGAAAAACACACUGGCGUCUCUUGAUAUGACCAGAUAGAAAUAAAUAAUGGAACUGAGACCAGCUGAGAAAAAGACUUCCAGUGGGUAAGGGUUGACAUCAAGUGUCUAGAGCUGGCCCUGGGACAGUCUAGCAUUCUGUGGAUUAUAGGCCCUGGGGCAGUCUAGCAUUCUGUGGAUUAUUGACCUUGGAACAACCUGGCAUUUUGUGAAUUAUUGGCCUUUGGACAGCCUGGCAUUCUGUGGAUUAUUGGCCUUGGAACAUCCUGGCAUUCUGUGAAUUAUUGGCCUUGGGACAGCCUGGCAUUCUGUGAAUUAUUGGCCUUGGGACAGCCUGGCAUUCUGUGGAUUAUUGGCCUUGGGACAGCCUGGCAUUCUGUGGAUUAUAGGCCCUGGGAUAGCCUGGUAUUCUGUGGAUUAUUGACCCUGGGAUAGCCUGGCAUUCUGUGGAUUAUUGAUUGGGAAUUGAGUACACAUCUGUCUUGUUUCAAUAGCAGGGUUUUCUGUUAGUUUUAACUCUCUAGUUUUAUGUUUGGGGAGACUGUCCAGUGCAUCAAAGUCUUUAUAUGUAUGUAAUUAGCUAUGGAUCUGGGUAAUAUGACAGCUGACUGGAUUUGAGAGUAUCUUGGUUGUUUCAUACAAGUGUUAUUAUAAUUGAAAAAAUGAAGUGAUCACCUGAUAUUGGAUGUUUAACCCUUUAGCUGCCAGCACAGAAAGCAGCAGUGAUCUAGACUGUCAGUGUUGAUGUAGUGUGCACUGUGCACCAUGGUGAAGCUUCCGUCCAUAGAUUUUGAAGGUGCUAACUCCUGCCAGUCACUGCAAUGGCCAGUGCCUCAGCCCCGGGGUGGGGCUCAUCAACACCAGUCUACAGAGGCACUGGCCCUGGAACAGUUCAGGUAAGUCCACUAUAUCAAAAGUCUACAGAGGCACUGGCCCUGGAACAGUUCAGUAUGAGAUACCAAAAUGAGCGACAUUACAACAAACAUCCUCAACACAAGUAUUUCUCUGAGACUUUCUCAGCUCUAGUGAAACAGAGGCUUAUGAACAAUGAGUGGAGUGGCCAUGCUCCACCAGAAAACAUCCUCAGGGUUCUCAUGUGCCUGCGGAUUAUGAUGCGUGAUGGCACGUACCAGAAAGUAUUCUUUGAUCUGGGAGCUGUCAAAGUACUGUCUGAACGUCUCCAAAAGGCCACAGACAGCUACCUGACGUAUGGGGAUGGUCCAUUUGUAGUGGACAUUCUCAAAGAAAUGACCAAUAUAUUCCAAAAGUUGUCUGCGGUAGUUGAGCAGCGAGAAUGGCUGGUAGCGUGCAGCGCCCACAAGCCUUUGGUGCUCCUCCUCUCUGCCAACGACGUGGUCGUGUUACAUUGCUCACUGCAUGCUUUGAUUAGCUUGUCUCAAAGUCCUGGUCCAAGGUCUAUGAUAGGACAGCUCAACAUCAUCGAAGUUUUACACAGAAUACUACAGGAUUAUGAUAUCUUAUCAAAACAGUUAGCUGCUAAUCUAUUACGUAUCCUGUGUGCAGAUCCUCAGGUGAGAGAGAUGGUGAAGGUAUAUGAUGGUGUCCCACUCUAUCUCAGUCUUCUGCACAGUGAUAACAUCAAACUACUGUGGAAUGUGGUCUGGUGUCUGGUCCAGUUAGCUGAACACCCUGACACCAGUGAUGACAUCAGAAUGAUGGGAGGAAUACCACUCAUCAUCUCCUUGUUACAGGAUCGCAAGUUUGUCUCAGAUCGUACAAGUGUGAGCACGGGCCUCGCCAGUGCUGCUGUACAUGGGCGCACACCACACGUGGUUCAGAUGACCAUAGAGGAGGAUAUUUGGGGCAUAUUGAAGCGUGAUCAGGAAAAUUCCAAACCUAAGGGAGAUGAAAUGAGAGAGCAGCAGCUAUCUUUACAAGCAGCCUGCUGUGCUGCACUGACAGAGUUGGUAUUGACUGACACCAAUGCCCAGCAGAUAGUACAACAUAACUGUAUCUACCUCCUGGGACUGUUGAUAUUACCACAACAGGCAGCUGAGAGAGACAGCAAGGCUGUGGAGACUUUACAGAAAAAUGCAUUCCGUACCCUGCGUUUCCUGUUCAGUGUGGAGAGGAAUCGUAGACUGUUCAAACGCAUGUUUCCCCCAGAACUGUUUGAGAUGUUCAUUGACAUAGGCCACUACGUCAGGGACAUCAGUGCUUACAAACCUCUGGUGGACAAAUUGAAUGGAUUACCUGCUGAGCAAAUAGAUGAAAUACGAGAGAACAUCUUACAAACCAACAAAGACAAGACACCCAAUAAGUUUGUGGGGGAGUAUGCCCUGAUAGAACACCUGGGCAGUGGGGCCUUUGGCUCUGUGUACAAGGUGAAGAAGAAAACUGCAGGACAGUCUUUCCUGGCCUUGAAAGAGGUCAAUCUUCAGAACCAGAUGUUUGGUCGUAGCAGCAAGGAGAAGGAUAAGAGUGUUGGGGAGAUCAUCAGUGAACUGACCAUUAUCAAGGAACAGCUGAAGCACCCCAAUGUGGUCAGAUACUACAAGACUUUUGUAGAAGAGGAGAAACUGUACAUAGUAAUGGAGUAUAUAGAGGGUGCUCCUAUAGGAGACCACUUCAUCUCUCUUAAGGAAAAAGGGGCACGCUUUGAAGAGGCGAGGAUUUGGCAUAUCUUUAUUCAGCUGGUGCUUGCCCUGCGCUACUUACACAAGGACAGACACAUAGUGCACAGAGACCUCAGCCCUAACAAUAUCCUGCUGGGGGAAGGAGAUCAAGUCACCAUAACGGACUUUGGUCUAGCCAAGCAGAAGCAGAAAGAUGCCAGUAAGAUGACCUCAGUGGUUGGAACUAUAUUGUAUGCCUGUCCUGAGAUAGUCCAGCACCAGCCAUAUGGAGAGAAGGCAGAUGUCUGGGCCAUUGGUUGUAUACUGUACCAGAUGUGUACUCUCAAUGCUCCAUUCUACAACACCAGCAUGUUAUCACUAGCCAAGGCGAUUGUUGAAGCCAGCUAUGCGCCCCUGCCAGAGGGCUUAUACUCUGAGAAAGUGAGCAAGACCAUCAAAUGCUGUCUGACAGCAGACCCCAGCCAGCGCCCAGAUAUAGUCCAGGUAGCUGGAGUAAUAGCUGAAGAGAUCCUACAGCACUUGGAUCUCAUCAAAGCCAACCAGAUCAGUUUGGAGAAAAAGCUGGAAAGGGAAAGGAAAAGAACACAGAAACAUUUUGUGGAAGCAAAUAAAAACAUGCAAAACUACCACCGGCUGUUCUUAGCCAACCAGGAGCGCUAUGACAAGUUGGUUAACCUGGCUGGGAGUGGAGGCGCCACUAGUAUCAAGGACGGAGACUUGGCGGACAGUGUGUUUUCUGAUGGAGAGACAUUUGAAAACAUGCGCAGAGUGAUGCGCACCAGGAAACCUAGGGGAGUCUCUCAGAGUAGUGAUGAACAGAAUGGACAUGGAAUAGAAAAAGGCUGGGCUAGUGAUGAUGACAGUUACCAGUCCAGUGGCAGUGACAGCAGGGACAGCAGCACUGGCAGUUUAGCACUAGCUGGACUACAACAGAUGGUGAAGAGCGAGGACAAGACAUUUGCUGUGCCCCGCCCCCCUGGCACCCCCCGGGGUAGUCAAGGUGGACCCAGGAGGAAGCUGGACCAUCUCGCUCAACAGUUAUCUCUAGACAUUCCAGGAAAUACUGCAGUGGGCAAAAGCAGUCGUGAUUCAGGGAUCAGUUCAUCAGAGCCGUCCCCAAACAACAGCUCACCACCCAGCGCCACAUGCUCAAUAGACAAACCAGAGAAGAUGGCCGACAAGCUGGACAAGAACCGUCAUGAAACUUUCCACCGCUCAGUCAGCACUCCUGAGGGCAAUAGCCACAGAAGGAUUCAUUCUAAUUCUGCUGGAAAGAUGAGGCCAAGCAGUGCCACCAAUACAGCCACACUGACCAUAUCUCCACGGAAGGUGCGCCAGAUCAGCGACCCCAUCCUGCAGGUCCUCCACAUUCUGCAUAAGAUCAUCUACAUCACUCAGGUAGGUACAUAUAUACUGUAUAAGAUCAUCUACAUCACUCAGGUAGGUACAUAUAUACUGUAUAAGAUCAUCUACAUCACUCAGGUAGGUACAUAUAUACUGUAUAAGAUCAUCUACAUCACUCAGGUAGGUACAUAUAUACUGUAUAAGAUCAUCUACAUCACUCAGGUAGGUACAUAUAUACUGUAUAAGAUCAUCUACAUCACUCAGGUAGGUACAUAUAUACUGUAUAAGAUCAUCUACAUCACUCAGGUAGGUACAUAUAUACUGUAUAAGAUCAUCUACAUCACUCAGGUAGGUACAUAUAUACUGUAUAAGAUCAUCUACAUCACUCAGGUAGGUACAUAUAUACUGUAUAAGAUCAUCUACAUCACUCAGGUAGGUACAUAUAUACUGUAUAAGAUCAUCUACAUCACUCAGGUAGGUACAUAUAUACUGUAUAAGAUCAUCUACAUCACUCAGGUAGGUACAUAUAUACUGUAUAAGAUCAUCUACAUCACUCAGGUAGGUACAUAUAUACUGUAUAAGAUCAUCUACAUCACUCAGGUAGGUACAUAUAUACUGCAUAAGAUCAUCUACAUCACUCAGGUAGGUACAUAUAUACUGCAUAAGAUCAUCUACAUCACUCAGCUCCCUCCCACGCUGUGUCACAAUCCCCGGCGGAGGAUCAUAGAGCGGUUCAAGAGAGCCAUGUUUGCUCCACAGAGCACCUCCUUCAACCUGAAAAGUGAACUAAAGAAGCUCCUGAUAGGCUCCCAGGAGGUGAUAGACCUGAACUUUGGCCCAAGUGACAUGAGCAUGCUCAGUAAGCAAGCCAGCCUAGAGCAAGAUGCUGUGACCACCAAUACAGAAAAACCAGCUAUCACACACACCUUGGAGCACCAUGAUAGUGAGGGAAUAACGUAUGAAAAACUGCAUACCAUCAUAGAGAGUGUUCUGGUGGAGAGUGGAUAUUAUGACAUGUCUCCUAAUGCACAUCAGAGGAGAAUGCCUCUUGGUCCUAUAGGGGGCAGUGAUAGCUUUAGGAGGACACCUUCUAUCAUAGAAUGACAAGGAGAGAGUUUCUAGGCUGUGUGCUGGUACACUGUAGCUGCCACUAGGUUCAAGGAGAGUUAGUCAGGACAUCUGCAUCAGUAGGAAUGAGAAGAAAUUCAUUCUGGGGAAUAUUUGGACAAAGACUUUGAAAUGUUUAGAUAUCCUGUCAAAAUGCAAACAUUAUUAAAUGUGAAAUUCUCUUAAUGGAGAGGAAAAAGUAAGGAAUUGUUCAAUCCAUGCAAGCUUUGCAGGAUAAAUUUUGCUCAAUGAAAAUCAUAUAUUUUUUUAUGCAGAAAGUUUCUCUCUUUCACACACACACACACACACACACACACACACACACACGUACGUGCGCAUACACACUUUCCCUCACUCUCUCAAUGCAGGUUACAACAAAAUACAGAAUCUUUCAAGGUUACUACUUAAACACUAUGUCAGUAUAUUUGUAA